AUGGUCCUGGAGCUCGGCGGCCUCGCUCCCCUCCUUUACGUUUGCGUAUGUCGGAAAAAGCUCUCCAAAACCGCAAGCGUCGCCAAUGGCUACCCUCUGGCCGAGGAAAACCUAUACGAGUUUUUUGACAACAGUACCAAAAAUACUGAGGCUUCUUACAACCUGCAGGUGGCUGUCUUUCUUGGCGCAUGGUUCGCAGAAUUGGCAUCAAGACUCGAAAAGUGCAUCACUGCUGAGGACAAGUAUGCUUCCCUCUCACAACUGAACGACUUCGGAGGCCCCGGUCAUCGACAACGUCAUCCUUUUUUCCGUGAGGUCAUUGCCGGCGCUCGUUCCAAGCUUGAUGAUGCAUUGAUCCGAGCAGAGAAUCACCCACUUGGUAGUCAAAACGUUUUUGCUGAGCACCUUGACCAAGCGGCAUGCGAUCUCAGUCAGCAACUCGAGCCCAUUCAACAACAUCUGUAUCAACGACAUUCGGCAUUCUACAAAACGCACAACAUCACAAAGAUGCCAGUCUUCGUUGCUUUUGAUGAAUGCGUGGAGCUGAUCGUCGAAAGGCCGGGCCCGUCUGAUGAAGGGAUUUCUAAAGGCAACCAACUCAACAGCCUUCGUCGUGUGUGGCACCAUCUGCUUGAGCUCGAACGCGAGACGGACCAUGUAAACUUCUGGCUUGUGCUUCUCAGUACCAACACGGGUGCUGCUAGGCUUAUCGAGCAGAAGGAAGGUCAAGCCUCGCAGCGAGCAAGAGAAAAGAAUCCACUACCCGUCUUUGUCGGUCUGGGGUUUGAUGUGUUGUGCAGCGAAAAGCGCAUGCUCGCCUCUCCCAAAGAGGUUUGUAAAGCUCAUCAAGUAUGCAGCUACGGCCGACCACUGUGGGACUCACUUCCUCGCAGGGAUUGGUGGAAUAUAGCUGUGCUCAAGCUGCUCGGUGCCAAAAAGUUUGAUGCCUCGGAUGCAACGCAAUGCUACAACGUCCUUGCCUCCCGUCUGGCAUUGCAACUCAUUCCCACCCAUUCCGGAGAGCUGUACAGGCAAAGGAAGGUCAUGGAGACCGCUUCCGUUGACAGGCAUAUGCACAUCUUACAGAAGGUCGUUCAACACAGAGAUCUCAACAUCGACUCGCCUUCCGAGCCUGCAUUGGCGGUUGCUGCUGCCAUUGUCAUGUCAGCAACACCAGAGGACCAACUGGAGGUGCCUCCUACAACAAGGUACGCCCAACUAAUUGACACCUUCACCAAGCAAUGCCUCCCUUCGCUGGAUACGCAGUGUCUCAAAGGUUCGCAGGGUGAGUUCAUCGCACGUUUUGUCAUGAUGGCUGCAUGGGAUGUGGCAAAGCUGCCAACCUUGUCUGUCAAAGGGGACAAACGCUACCCUGCCGAGGUCUUCUCGACACCUGUUGACCUGCAAGCCUACCUGAAGAAGCUUGCAACCCUGGAUGAACCCGAUGAGGUGCUGCUCGAUCAUAAGCUCAAGGAAGCAUGCGAUACUGUACGCGACAGGCUCGGCGCUCAUCGAACUGCAGGCAUCUCUCAUGACGAUCCUGUGAAAGCAUGGGUGAAUUUCACUCACUUUGACACGUUGCCAGAAGGUAUUAGUGUCAUUUCUCCUGACUACCUUUGGUACUGUUGGAAACACGGCAUCGCUCUGCAAAUGGCACAUGGACAAGCUGGCGUAGAUGGGAUUAUCCCCGUCUUUGUGGGUGGACUGUCGCAGCGCUUCAGAACCUCGACAAGCCCUGAACAAGCCGGUGUCGAUCAUACAGGUAUGCAAUCCGAAGCAGACCAAAUCGAUGGCAUUGAUGAAGGUGAAGCUGCCCAACAGAUGACAUACAUUGCCUGGGAAGCGAAGUUUCGAGACAAGAGCUUAGGAAGCGACGAUGCCUCCAAAGCCGGACUUGCUGGACCUCCCUUGCUGGGCGCUGCUUGCAAUGCAGCUGCACAAACGCCCACAAAGGCUCUAACCUCUUGCAGCCUGCUCACCAUUCUUGCCGACCUCGGCUGGCUGAAGGAGGAGAGCACGUACCCAUGUUUGGAUGAUCUUAGGAUUCGAGACAAGAUCAGCGCCUUGUUCCAAAAGGUGACCCAUUCAGCAGAGUACGAGGAAGACAACAGGAUGCUCUUGCCUCUCUGGAAUGCUGGAGUACAUCCUGAAGAACAAGAGCAUGUUAACGAAGGUCAACCAGCAGUUGUGGACUGGCCAUCCCCAUACGGACCAGCCACCGAGUAUGAUGCUGUGCAGCCCAUGGAACUGGAUCCUGUUCAGCCUAUCACGAGGGCUUCUGUGGAAGGUCGCGAUCACGGUUUCAAUUGA